GCCGGGAGAGAGGGGGGUGCACCGAGAGCGGGAGGAGAGAGGAGGCGCUACGAGACGGCAGCCGGUGCACGCUCCGGGAGCAGGAGCAACCAGUUGCCCGGGUGGCGUACUCCCCGAGUGGCAGGAGCAACCCUUGUUGCGCUGGAUUCUCGCCGCGGGAACAGCAGCAUCAUCGCGCAGCAUGUGUCGGCGGCGCGGGUCGUGCUCGGUGUCGGUGCGCGGUCGCCGGACGCGGUAGCCGGCCAUGGAUGCUCGCCCCCGGUGGCCGGCAGGCGACCAACGCAGCUGGAGGGACACCGUGAUGUCGAAGAAGGUGCGGGGGGCCGCCCGGAGCCCGGACGACGGCAGCUAGCCAUGGCGUUCACUCGCGCGCGUUCUCCCUGUGCCGCUCUCGCCUUGCUCGUGUGGUGCGCGACGCUGCUGCUGCUAUUGCCGCCCGCGGCCCGCGCGUCGGGGUUCUUCGAGCUCCAGGUUCUGGGCAUCGACAACCCCGGCGGACUACUGCUGGACGGCGGGUGCUGCGGUUCGCGAUGCCCCGGCCGCUGCAACACGUACUUCCGACUGUGCCUCAAGGAGUACCAGGCGCAGGUGGACCUCUCGGGAGCGUGCACUUUCGGCAACCUGACGUCGCCGCUCAUCGGCGGCAGCUCGUUCUCGCUGCAGACGCACCCGGACCGGCAGCUCCUGCUCAGGCUGCCCUUCCACUUCCGAUGGACGAGGUCGUUCACGCUGAUCCUGGAGGCGCUCCAUCACAACAACUACACUGAACCCUACGUGGACCGGCCUAUCGAGCGGCUCGCCUACUCGGGCCUGGUGCUGCCCAGCGAGGAGUGGCACACGCUGCGGCACCCGGGCCGAGCCGCGCAGCUCUCGUACCGCAUACGGGUCACGUGCGCGGCCAACUACUACGGGCCGAGCUGCUGGACGCUGUGCAAGCCGCGCGACGACCGCUUCGGCCACUACCGGUGCUCGCGCGACGGCUCCAAGCUGUGCCGGCCGGGCUGGUCGGGCGCCACGUGCGAGACGCCCGUGUGCCGCCGCGGAUGCCACCCCGUGCACGGGUACUGCGAGCGGCCCGGCGAGUGCGUCUGCCGGCCGGGCUGGAAGUCCGAGCUGUGCGACCACUGCGCCCCCUACCCGGGCUGCCGGCACGGAUACUGCAACAACACGCCCUGGCAGUGCAUCUGCGACCUGAACUGGGGCGGCAUCCUGUGCGACCAGGACCUGAACUACUGCGGCACCCACGAGCCGUGCAUGAACGGCGGCACGUGCGAGCACACGGCGGGGCCGCAGCACUACCUGUGCCGCUGCCGGCCGGGCUUCUCCGGCACCAACUGCGAGCUGGGCCGCGGGCCGCAGGGCUGCCUGCCGGCCGCCUGCCUCAACGGCGGCAGCUGCGUCCAGCGCAACGGCACCUGGGCCUGCGCCUGCGCGCCCGGCUGGACCGGAUCCCGAUGCCAGGAGCUGAGCGGCUGCCUGGCGCGUCCGUGCCAGAACGGCGGCGACUGCGUGGCCUCCCCGCAGCCUCCGGGCUUCCGGUGCAUCUGCCCCGUGGGCUACGGAGGCGCGCGCUGCGAACGUGACGAGGACCCUUGCCACCCGAACCCGUGCGCGCACGGCGCCUCCUGCUUCAGCCUCGGCUCGCACGACUACUACUGCCACUGCACCGACCGCUACCAGGGCAAGAACUGCACGCAGGACAGACCGUGCGGCGGUCCCGGCGGCCAGCCGUGCUCGCCCCCGGCCUCCCUGCAGGGCUGUGCGGCCGUCGAAGAGCACGGCGGCGGGGCCUCGGUGUGCGGCCCGCACGGCCGCUGCGUCGCCACCGGCAGCGCGGCGGCGGCGGCCACGUCGAGCUGCGUCUGCGACGCCGGAUACACGGGCCGCUACUGUCACGAGAACAUCAAUGACUGUGCUCAUCAACCGUGCGUAAAUGGAGGAACUUGUGUGGAUGCAGUCAACAGCUACAAGUGCAUCUGCCCAGAGGGAUGGGAAGGCCCACACUGUAGCAAAAAUCGAGACGAAUGCCAACCCAAUCCAUGCCACAAUGGAGGCAGAUGUACAGACUUGAUUGCCGACUUCCUUUGUGAAUGUCAAGGAACGUGGAAAGGGAAGACCUGCAACCUCCGGGAUUCUCACUGUGAUAGUGACACAUGCCUCAAUGGUGGUACCUGUGAAGACAUUGGCGACACCUUCGUCUGCCAUUGCCCAGAAAACUACCAUGGUCACACGUGUCAAAUUGCUAAGGUCAAUGGCUGCGAGUCCAACCCAUGCCAGAAUGGAGCCACGUGUGUUAACAGUGGCCGUGGUUUCUCCUGCAUGUGCAGAGAAGGUUUUGAAGGACCACUCUGCCAACAAAAUGUGGACGACUGUGCUUCAUCGCCCUGCCACAAUGGCGGUCGUUGCAUUGAUGGAGUGAACUGGUUCCGGUGCGAAUGUGCACGUGGUUUUGCUGGCCCUGACUGUCGCAUCAAUGUGGAUGAGUGUGCUUCGAAUCCAUGUGCCCCGGGCAGUGUCUGUGUGGAUGCCAUCGGAGACUUCGAGUGCCGCUGUCCACCUGGCCGUACGGGCAAGCGAUGCAACGUUGUACUUGUCACUCCAGCCACCUAUCAGCCCUGUGAAUGGAAAGGCAUCAUGUACCCCGAGGGAAGUCGAUGGCAAGAAGACUGUUCUCUUUGCAGCUGUCAUUCUGGAGCCGUGACUUGCAUUCCAAGUGCGUGCCCAGAGUCUGGCUGCGACCCGUCUGGACCUGCAGAGCAAUGUCCACCAGGUGAAGCCUGCUUGUCUGGCCCACCUACAGAGUCUUGCUUCGUCAGGCCCUGCGCCCAGGGUGGCCAACCCAUUGGUCACUGUGGGCCGCUGCUGCCGGGGUUGGCCAACCAGUCCUCCAGCUGCCUUCCCAAUGCAGCUGAGCCCAGCAACGCUUGUGCCAAAAUCACGCUGCUCUUCGAUCGCCGUGCCAUGGCACCAGGAAUCACGGUGGAAUCGGUUUGCAGCAACAUACGAAGACUGUCCAUCCGGCGCUCAAUCAUCAUUCUGUGUGCACAAAAGCUGACAGAUGCUGACAGUAUUGAAGUGACAGUGUUCACACCAAGUCGUCCAUCAGCAUCGACUUACGCAGCAGUGAGUGAGACAGCAAGGUCCCUGGCUGAUGUGAUCAGCCGCAAGCUCACCAACCACACAGCACUGUCUUCAGUCAUUGAAGUGAAGGUGGAGACAUCCUUUGUGGGCCUUGACCAGAAGAACACAGGCCGGAGCUACCUGCUUGCAGCAACAGUCACACUGGUCGGAGUGGCCCUGUUGGGACUGCUCGCAGCAUUGACUGUCUGGUUCCUGCGCUCUCACCCAACACUGUGCCGCUGCCCACUGCGCACACCGGUAACAGGCGUUAUACCCACCAUCAGUGCCAAGCUCGACACUGACACACCUGAGCCCGACAAGUCUAACAACCAGAACGAGGAGAACAUGCGGAGGUAUCAGAAUCCUCUCCGUGCCGCGACAAAUGUGGAUGCUGCGGAGGCAACGAGAGACACACGCAGUGCGGAGCUCUUCAAGCCACUCUCGCUGGCUGCCUCGAAAAACACAAAUAGGCUAUGUGAUGCCAGCGUCAAGCAGUGCCAGAAGGACAACCCGCUGAGUGCACCCUGUCCCGCCAAAGUCUUUCCGGUGUCAGAUGCAGACGUGGACACUGUUGUGGUGCUUGUCUGACAAUGCUAGGAUGCUCUGUGUGUGAACUGAUAUGCUCAAUGACAGUUACCAGUGACGUUCAGUGAUGGUGCGCUGUUCUGCACAUGGCCAGUCAUCAUUCCUACAUCGAAGGAAACCUGUUUUCAACAGAGCCACACUGCGCCGUUUGGUCAGCAGCCUCCCCGUUUGCAAAACAGGUUACAGCAUUGCUGCCACGUGUCAUCAACUGCCAGUGUGGCAGUUCCAAACAUUCCCAGUGACAAGAGCACCCGAUGCCGACAUCUGACGGUCAAUGACUCAAAAGUCUUUACAGACUUCUCAUAAAAACAAUUUCUACCGGUUGCUGUGACGAAAGCGUGCUGCAGCAUUAAGCUCGGCAGUGAACAAACGGGACUUUAGAAAUAUGUGGCCACUGUGCCAGUGCAUUGCAAAAGGCUGCACUGAUAAUGCAAAUGCGCGGUGCAGCCCCAGCCUGCUACUGCAUGCACGGACGCCAUGAUUUCCCGGAUGUACAGUGUAUUGAAACUUGCUAGAAAUAACAGUGCAAGGGUGCCACGACAGGACAGGUAAUUAGAUCAAAGCGAUGGCUUCAGUGUGAAAAUAAGCAUAUGUCUGUAAGAGUAGAAAUCUGCGCAAAGACUGUGGUGAUACAACGAAAUGUGUUCAUUUUCAAAAUAGUGUUUAUGUAAGGGCACAAAAAAAUACCAUGUAGCUAGCUGUCACCCCGGUAAUGCAGUGUCGCCAUUACGUCACAGCUUACGACACACGUCUCGGUCCAAGUUUUACAAAUGGCUAAAAUAACUGCUCAGAGUACUAGUACAUUUGAUGUUGGCGCUCACAGAUGAAUUGUAGGAACUUUCUGUCUAGGACAUUUUUCUGCAUGUCUGUAGUGUAGUGAAUGUUUCACAUGUACAUAUGUAUAUAGUAGCUCCAUAUGCGACGCAAGCACUGCAAACACUGCAGUGUUCUGCACAUCGGGAGUGCCUAAUUUAUAAGGGAAGCAUGCAAUUUGCCACCCCCCGCCCCCAAUUUUUCCGAUCCUUGCAAAGUGUACAGCAGAGAAGCUCACAUUUUCCCCCCAUUUAUGUCCAGUACAAAUUACGUACAACUGGAUCACAUUCCAGCAAAUGAACUAUGAACGUACAUCAUGUCCAGUGCAAGGUUCAAUGUGUUGGCUCGCGACAGCAAUAAGUCGCGCCGCACAAAAACAAUAGAAAUGAAAAUAGUAUUCAGCGCAAUGCAUUUUUUCGCAAAGUUUCUGAAAUAUUAACUAGAGGGAAAUGUCCCUGUACUAUCCAUGGGUUUCUUGCAUAGCAGUACACCUGACAUGGGAAUGAUAAGAAGAACACUCAUUGCGUUAGGCUCAGCUUUAGCCGUAGUACACGGCCAUGCAGCUUACUUGCUUCGGAGAUGGUGCCAAGGCAACAUGUUGCCAAAUUCUUUCAUCUGUUGUUCUCGGUGCAGAAGUUAAGACUAAAAUCCUGAAUGCCUGUCUUCUUGCUCUCCCUGGCUUAUGCCUCUUUUCAUAUGUAGGGUAGAAAACGAGACAGCCCCUCCCCCCCCCCCCCCCUCCCCUUAAACAUCAGAAACGCUGUUUACAAUGUAAAGCAUGGCAAAGCUACAAGGUUGCAAGGCUUCUGUUGAUAAAUGCUCAUUGCUUACACAUUUGCUACAGCAGAUCACAGCAUCUCUACACCAACACACAAGUGUCACAUGAUCAGAAUAUUUGUAGAUUGUGGGAUAAUAUGAAAGAAACCAUGGAACUUGUGCUUCAGGUGGUUAGGUUAGGUUCUUGCUUUUAGCAGUAGAAUGAAAGGGUACCAUGUCGCACUUUCUUGAACAUGGACUACUCAGCAUGCACCAGCUGGUUGCAUUUCCAACGAGUACUUGUGCAGUCGUUUGAAUUUCAAUGAUGCAUUCCUUUUCAUACUGGUGCACCUUGUACUGUUUCCAAGUAGCAUUGUGGCAAUGGUGCAUGACUAUUAAGCCAUCAAAAGAUUGGGAACACAUGAAGCAGGAAUAACUAAAACUGGCCAAGCUGAGGAAUUGAAUUUUCGUUACAAUGCACAUGUCAUGAGGGUGCCAAUCCGAAGACUGUACUUCCUUUCAUUCCCAUUAUGGUUGGACGGUUGCAGCACCAGACUUCCCUCUAGCAAGUUUAUGCAGAACUUGUGCUUUUUUUUCCCUACUUUUUCCCUGGGAUGUGCUUGAAACGGCAGUCUGAGCAUGUGCGAGAAUGUAAAAGCCUGAUGUGGUGUCACCGAAAGCCCACGGAUCUCCAGUGAAAGUGCGUCCUCGCAAGGACCUUGGCUGUGGAGAGGGAUGCCACUGAAGAAAACUCUAGUCUAGUCAAGAGUUUCCAUCAAAUGUUACGGAUGCCAAAUCUGCAACCCAUUUUCAGAUAGCUCCAGCAGUGUGUUGAGAAAUGUACACUUUGAGCUUCCUGCGAAUGGUUUGUGUGGAUAUGAGUGGCACUAUGUUUAAUGGCCUAUGCUCAGAAGUGUGGAUAAAAAAAAAGUGUGUAGUCUAUGCCAGCUUUGAACAGCUUGAUUGCAAACAGCCUGUCAAUGUGACUCUGUCCACUGAUGCCAAGCAUUAAAUAUGUUGCAAGCAAA